UGUGUUAUGUGGUAUUUAAAUAUUUAAAUGAACAAAGUUAUUCCCAGUAUUAUUUUGCAACUAUUUGGGGAGUUGACUGGCCACCGACAUUUUCUUCGGGAGGAGGAAACUGCGUGCGUACUUCACACUGUACUGUAGCUGCAGCGCUCCAGUACCAGUACAGCUAGUGUAGGUAAAUUGCAGAAUAGGACACUCGUGCGUGAGCUUGUGCUGGGAUCAGUGAAAAAAGUGUCAAGUCGGCUAGACCUAAGAAAUAUUUUGUUUGUAUAGUAAACUUAACCCGUACAGGCAAUUGAACCCGUAUUGGUCGGCAAGUAUUGGUUUUGGACUGGAGCUAGCUAACAUGCUACGUUGUUUCUUUGUUUGACAGACCAAGUAGUGGCGACGCUAGCGAGAAGGCUAGCGGCUACCACUACAAUAACUAACACAGUAGCUAACAUUCGUUAGCAAUUACAGCUUUUGUUGUUUGAUCUGCACAGAUCUCUAUUAGGAAAGGAAGUAUUAGUGGCACUGUCGUACGUUGAUUGCAGGCCUUGAGACUGUGUUGCCGUUUUCGGAUAACGGUAAUUACUAUUUAUAAAUAUUUAUUCCCGGGCACUUCAGCAAUUUAAAACCCAAGCUGCCAUGUCGCUUCACGGCAAGAGAAAAGAGAUCUACAAAUACGAGGCGCCAUGGACGGUGUACGCAAUGAACUGGAGCGUCCGACCGGACAAACGAUUUCGCCUGGCUCUUGGAAGUUUCGUUGAAGAAUAUAACAACAAGGUGCAGCUAGUGGGCCUGGAAGAGGAGAGUUCAGAGUUCAUCUGCAGAAACACUUUUGACCACCCCUACCCAACCACCAAGAUUAUGUGGAUUCCCGACACCAAAGGCGUAUACCCAGACCUGCUUGCCACCAGUGGCGACUACCUGCGUAUCUGGAGGGUCAGUGACACAGAGACACGCCUAGAAUGCUUGCUGAACAACAAUAAAAACUCUGAUUUCUGCGCCCCACUCACCUCUUUUGACUGGAACGAAGUGGAUCCGAAUCUACUCGGCACCUCCAGUAUUGACACAACUUGCACUAUCUGGGGCUUGGAGACUGGCCAGGUGUUAGGUCGUGUCAACCUGGUGUCUGGGCACGUUAAAACCCAGCUCAUCGCUCACGACAAAGAGGUGUAUGAUAUUGCUUUUAGUCGUGCCGGAGGUGGGAGAGACAUGUUUGCAUCGGUGGGUGCUGAUGGCUCUGUGCGCAUGUUUGACCUCCGUCAUCUGGAACACAGCACCAUCAUCUAUGAAGACCCUCAACACCACCCACUGCUACGUCUCUGCUGGAAUAAACAGGACCCUAACUACCUGGCUACCAUGGCGAUGGAUGGCAUGGAGGUGGUUAUUCUGGACGUACGUGUUCCGUGCACACCUGUAGCCCGUCUCAACAACCACCGGGCGUGCGUCAACGGCAUCGCCUGGGCCCCUCACUCCUCCUGCCACAUCUGCACUGCAGCGGAUGACCACCAGGCACUGAUCUGGGACAUCCAGCAGAUGCCUCGGGCCAUCGAGGACCCCAUCCUGGCCUAUACUGCUGAAGGGGAGAUCAACAACGUCCAGUGGGCCUCCACCCAGCCUGACUGGAUUGCCAUCUGCUACAACAACUGCCUAGAGAUUUUGCGUGUGUAAACCAAACCCCAGUGGACUGGGGUGAAAGUAUACAAAACUUGGACUUGUUUUUUUUUUUUUUGAGAGUGAAAUAGAC